GGAGGAGGAGCGGGAGGGAGGGAGAGAGAGAGAGAGAGAGGAUCCCCAGGCGCUGACGGGGGUCCUCGGUCCCCUGCGUCCCGCUCCUCGCCGCGGACCGGGGGACGACGAUGGCCUUCAGCAAGGGGUUCCGGAUCUACCACAAGCUGGACCCGCCGCCCUUCAGCAUCCUGGCCGAGACCCGACACAAGGAACAAUGUCUCCUCUUCGAGUCCGGGGCCGUGGCGGCCCUCUCGUCUGCAGAGAAAGAGGCGAUCAAAGCCAUGUACUCCAAAGUCCUGGAUGCGUACGGGCUCCUGGGGGUGCUGCGAUUGAACCUCGGAGACACGAUGUUGCAUUAUUUGGUUCUGGUCACUGGAUGUAUGUCUGUGGGAAAGAUCCAGGAAUCUGAAGUGUUUCGCGUGACUUCCACGGAGUUCAUAUCCUUACGGAACGAUCCUUCCGACGAGGAUCGCAUUUCUGAAGUGCGCAAGGUUUUAAAUUCCGGAAACUUCUAUUUCGCGUGGUCCGCCACCGGCGUCAGUUUGGAUCUGAGUCUGAAUGCGCAUCGUAGGAUGCAGGAGCACACGACCGACAAUAGGUUUUUCUGGAACCAGUCCCUGCACCUGCACCUGAAGCACUACGGGGUGAACUGCGACGACUGGCUGCUGCGCCUGAUGUGUGGCGGCGUGGAGAUCCGGACCAUCUACGCGGCUCACAAGCAGGCCAAGGCCUGCCUCAUCUCCCGCCUCAGCUGCGAGCGGGCCGGAACCCGGUUCAACGUGCGCGGGACCAACGACGACGGCCACGUGGCCAACUUCGUCGAAACCGAGCAGGUGGUCUUCUUGGACGACUGUAUAUCUUCCUUCAUCCAGAUUCGCGGAUCUGUUCCGUUGUUCUGGGAGCAACCCGGCUUACAAGUGGGAUCCCAUCGUGUCCGAAUGUCCAGGGGCUUCGAAGCUAACGCACCCGCUUUUGACAGGCAUUUUCAAACACUUAAAAACCUAUACGGGAAACAAAUUAUCGUCAACUUGCUCGGAGCGAAGGAGGGAGAGCACAUGCUCAGUAAGGCUUUCCAGAACCACUUAAAAGCUUCCGAACACGCCGUCGAUAUCAAAAUGGUCAACUUUGACUAUCAUCAAAUGGUUAAAGGAGGUAAAGCGGAGAAAUUGCACAGCGUGCUGAAACCUCAAGUCCAAAAGUUCUUGGAGUGCGGAUUUUUUCAUUUCGAUGGAAGUGACGUGCAGAGAUUCCAAAGUGGUACAGUCAGGACAAAUUGCUUGGACUGCCUCGAUAGAACAAACAGCGUGCAAGCUUUCUUUGGUUUAGAGAUGCUGGCCAAACAACUGGAGGCCCUGGGUUUAGCUGAGAAGCCGCAGUUGAUCACUCGCUUCCAGGAGGUUUUCCGGUCGAUGUGGUCUAUGAAUGGAGAUUCCAUCAGCAAAAUCUACGCGGGAACCGGAGCUCUUGAAGGCAAGGCCAAGGCUGGGAAGCUGAAGGAUGGCGCUCGCUCCGUAACCAGAACGAUUCAGAAUAACUUCUUUGACAGCUCCAAGCAAGAGGCCAUCGACGUUUUGCUUCUGGGGAAUACGCUCAACAGCGACCUGGCCGAUAAAGCCCGAGCGCUCCUAACCACCGGAAGCCUCCGUGUUUCUGAGCAGACGUUACAGUCAGCAUCCACAAAAGUACUGAAGAGUAUGUGUGAGAACUUCUACAAGUAUUCCAAGCCUAGGAAGAUCCGAGUGUGCGCCGGAACGUGGAACGUCAACGGGGGCAAGCAGUUCCGCAGCAUCGCUUUUAAGAACCAGACCCUCACCGACUGGCUGCUCGACGCCCCCAAACUGGCCGGGGUCCAGGAGUUCCAAGAUCAGAGAAGCAAGCCUACGGACAUAUUUGCAAUCGGCUUUGAAGAAAUGGUGGAAUUAAAUGCAGGAAAUAUAGUGAAUGCAAGCACGACGAACCAGAAGCUCUGGGCUGCCGAACUGCAGAAGACCAUCUCCAGAGAUAACAAGUACGUGCUGCUGGCGUCCGAGCAGCUGGUGGGGGUCUGCCUCUUCGUCUUCAUCCGCCCCCAGCACGCCCCCUUUAUCAGGGAUGUUGCAGUUGAUACGGUGAAAACUGGCAUGGGAGGCGCGACAGGGAAUAAAGGGGCAGUCGCCAUACGGAUGCUGUUCCAUACGACCAGCCUUUGUUUCGUCUGUAGUCACUUCGCCGCGGGGCAGUCGCAGGUCAAGGAGAGAAAUGAAGACUUUGGGGAAAUAGCUCGAAAACUAACAUUUCCCAUGGGACGGAUGCUCUUCUGCCACGACUACGUGUUUUGGUGCGGUGACUUUAAUUACCGUAUCGAUCUCCCCAACGAAGAAGUGAAGGAGCUGAUACGGCAGCAGAACUGGGAUUCCCUUAUCGCGGGAGACCAACUUAUCAAUCAGAAAAAUGCUGGCCAGAUUUUUAGAGGAUUCUUAGAGGGAAAAGUAACUUUCGCUCCUACGUACAAAUAUGACUUGUUUUCUGAUGACUACGAUACCAGUGAAAAAUGCCGCACCCCGGCGUGGACGGAUCGCAUCCUCUGGAGGAGAAGGAAAUGGCCAUUUGAUAGAUCAGCCGAAGACCUCGAUCUUCUGAAUGCCGGCUUUCAAGAUGAAAGUAAAAUCCUGUACACUUGGACGCCCGGCACUUUGUUGCACUACGGAAGAGCCGAGUUGAAGAUCUCGGAUCACAGGCCUGUGGUGGCCCUGAUGGAUGUAGAUAUAUUUGAAGUGGAAGCUGAAGAGAGACAGAACGUUUAUAAAGAAGUGAUCGCUCUCCAGGGCCCCCCAGAUGGGACGGUGUUGGUCUCUAUCAAAAGUUCUUCUGUGGAAGAUCAUUUCUUUGAUGACAUCUUGAUCGAUGAACUUCUCCAGCAAUUUGCCAACUAUGGUGAAGUCAUACUCAUCAGGUUUGUAGAAGACAAGAUGUGGGUAACGUUUCUGGAAGGAAGCUCGGCCUUGAGCGUUCUGAGUCUACACGGAACUGAGCUGUUGGGCAGAGUUAUAAAUAUUACCUUAAAAAGCCCGGACUGGAUCGCCAAUCUGGAAGAAGAAAUGAGUCUGGAGAAGAUCAGCGUCACGUUGCCCGCCUCCUCCAGCUCCACUCUGCUGGGCGAAGACACCGAAGUGGCUACGGAUUUCGAUAUGGAAGGAGACAUCGAUGACGACAAUGUGGAAGUUGAAGAGAGUCUACCUCAGCACCUGCAGCCGUUAGCCCCCGGCUCUGGCCCCGGGACCUCGCCGAGCUCGUCGCCUCGCUCCAGUCCCUGCCAGUCGCCUACGCUGUCGGACGGUCCCGCGCCGCCCCUCCCGGUCAGGCCGAGCCGAGCUCCCUCGAGAACCCCCGGCCCUCCAGUUCCUUCUCAGACCUCCCCCGCAGACCUCCAGCAAGUGACCCAGCAGAAAGAUCUCACCCCGUCCUUAGAGCCUAAGCGCCCUCCUCCUCCUCGUCCGGGAGCUCCGCCCGCCCGCCCGGCCCCGCCGCAGAGGCCGCCUCCGCCUUCAGGAGGUAGGAGUCCUGCCCCCGCUAGAAAAGAAUUUGGAGGUCUGGGAGCCCCACCGAGCCCUGGGGCGGCUAAGAGAGAGAUGGAAGCCCCCAAAAGCCCUGGGACUUCAAGGAAAGAGAAUUUAGGUCGAAAUCAGCCUUCACCCACAGGAGGAUACCCUAGCGCAGGAGCCACCGGCUACGGUGCAGCACGGCCGAUCAUUCCACCUCGGGCCGGAGUUAUUAGCGCGCCCCAAAGCCAAGCCCGGGUCUCCGCCGGAAGGUUGACUCCUGAAAACCAAAGCAAAUCGUCAGAACCGCUGAGAGGGUCAUUUUCCCUUCCCGAACCACUGAAGCCCCAGGCCGCGCCUGCCGUCCAAUCCACCGCUCCUCCGGCGGCCCAGAAGAUGCAGGAGCCCAUGGUCCCGACGGCCGCGUGUCCGCACCAGUCCGGCCCCGCCGCCAACCUGGACGCGCCCCCUCUGCCGCCGCCCCGCAGCCGAUCCUCCCACAGCCUGCCGGCCGAGCCCACCGCCCCUCACCAGCAGGUUAAAGCCAAUGGCUCCUGUGGCCUUCCUUUCGAACCCCAAUUAAACCACGUCCUCUGUGAAGAUCUGUCUCUUAAGCCGCUUUCUGUAUCGAAGUGUCACGUGUCCCCUCGACCGACCCCGGUUCCCUCCCUGAGCCCAAAAGAGCUGUCGUGGCUGCCGCCCGUGGCCCCUCGGGCCGUCAGCCCUCCGAGGACCUUGAGUCGCACUCCGUCGAUGCCGCCCGUGCCGGCCCGGAGCCAGCGCCGGGACGACGCCCGCAGUUCCCCGAACCCUCCCGGCCCCGGCUCCGGCGGCCCCGAGCCCUUCACCCACCGGCCCGUCGGUCCCGGAAACCCAUUUAAAACCGAAUGGCGAGCCCCUGAACUCACUCGGUGGUCGGCGAGAGAAGGCUCGGUGGUGGCCUACGAUGGUUUCCCCUCCCUAGAAGCCCCGAAUCACAUUCCGGGCCAGCCCGCACUUUCUGUCCGUACGUCGGAGGACGGUUUUGGUCCAGCGGGGACAGGUUUAAAACCCAAAGGCUGGGUGACGUUUGAGGAAGAGGACGAUGGCGGAGCGGAGGCCAAGGCCCCCGGCUGGACCCCCGAGGACCCCGGGGCCGGUUCCCAGAAAUCAGCUUGCUGGCCAGGCUCGCUGGGCGCUCAGCCCGACUCCUUCCCGGGCUCGGGCCGGCCCCGGGCCGGGGGCCAGAACCAAAGCCCGGCCGUGGCCCUCUGCGUCUGGCCGGCGAGGAGGCCGCCUGCCCCUCCGCCAGGCCGGUCCGUGCCCUCCUCCGGUGCCACCCUCGGAGACCCCUCUUUCGGCUCGCUGGCCCCCGGGGUGUCCCCACCCUCACAUUACACAGAUAGAUAACGUUGCCUGUCGGGGGUGGUGGUGGGAGGGAGAGCACAAAAGAAUCGGGCAUUAAGGUCGUCGUGUGCAAUAAUUCACUGUCAAAUGCACUGAUAGGUAUCCAUCAAAUACCACUAUGUAAUGUGUAAAAGUUUCGAAUCUGUAUAUAUCGGGAGCCCACGAAGAUCAUUCUCUUUCUCAGAUGGAAUUAUAGUAUCUUCCAGCGAUGGGGUCGGCUUUAGCUCUUUAAUCCCAAGUCACACAAGCGCUUGACGAAACUUCUCUUAGGAAAGAAUUGGUAUUCAGAAACCAGCCUUCGUGGCUCUCGUCGCCCUUUCCGGAAUGUCACCGAGUCCAAAUAUUUCCUGCCGGCAUAACCCACGGUCUCUUCACACCAGAAUAUCAAAAAGUCCAAAUAUUCCCAUCGGACGACACCCGCGGCGGCCUCUCCGGACCUGCUGGGACCUGGGAUUUCUAAGACUUCGCCAAAGAGCUGCCCCUUUAGCUGCUUCAAAACACUGACUCUUGACAGGUAUUGCUUUCAGGAAAUGCUGUGGGGGAGAAAUUGUUUUCCAGUCUGUGAAGUUGGUUUACACUGUGCUCCAGUGAUAGCUCAGAGGAAAGCCGGACCUUAGGAAGACCAACUAAAUCUAGUGGCUACCAUUUUCACGGCCGCGGAGGGGCAGGGUGGGGAGUAAAGGUCAUGGGAAUGCUCGCUCGAACCUUCACCUCGGUGGUUUGUUUUCAGGGCCCAUUUCCCUUUUCCUUAGCAUUUCUUCCCCCACCCGAGAGUGAGCACAAUCCCCGGCUCCCGUUUUCCCACCCACAUUCCAACGCCGGCCCACGAGCGGGUCCCGGAUCGCUCCCGGGAACGGCAUUCCGGUCCCGGAGUGGUAAGAAGUCCCGAGUCGCCUCUGCGUCUGUUCUUGGGCGCCUCACUGCCGGGUACGCGACCGAUCCCGCCUCCCUUCGUUGCCGGAGAUGCACGGAAUUUAGACAGAAUGGGCUUUUGCGGGUCGGCAGGUAGACCGCACCAAAAUUCCUCUCGCAACCUCUGUUUCGCUCGGGCAAAGCGCAGUGGCUCCUCAUCACGCGGAACCUCCCUCUUCGACGCCAUUGUUUUUGGAGCGAGUGGUCCAGGUCCAUCUGGAGCGGCCACCACAUAUUCCCUCGUGGAGGUCUGCUGGGGGAGAGCUACACCUUUGGUGGAGCAGGGUCGUACCCGACUCGCCCGGUCCUACUGCAUACGUCGCGUUGCAUCAGCUUGUCACUCAGAGCAAACGUGGUGGUGGGGGGGAAGGGGUCGCCUUUUCUAAAUUCUCCUAUCAGAAUUCGAUAUCUGUAGAGAUGAUCCAUUCUGACCGAGUUGGUCAGCACCUGCUGUUGGAUAGAAAUGUGACUCUGGUGAAUUUUUAUAUUGUGCUUAGAUUCGUGUUGGAUUCAUUAACGGUCGUACCUGUACACUUUAAACAGCAGCAUCACUAAGCGGCGUGUUUCGAUAUGUGGAUAAGUCUGUCCAAGCUGUGUGGCCGUUAACAUCUGUGUACUUAGCAUCUUUGGCGUAUGCUCAAUCUGAAAGCAAUUUGUUUUGAAAACUCUACUAGUGCAAAUUGCCAUUUUGUGAGCAGUGUGUCCCAUUGAUAGUCGUUAACUACUAUACUGAUCUCUAGACAGCAGCACCUCAACGUGAAGGAAUGAACCGACCGGGAAUGACCCUACCUGGAAAACCGCGGUGCGUAAGAGGCGAAAGGUGUGCUGUCACAAAGCUAACCACUAUACCGUGUCUUGCCGAAAUAACUAGCCGUCCUUUUAGCAAACAGCACCGAGAUGAAAACCGCUAAACGCGUUUUCCCGAGUUCCGCAUUCUGUAGUGAAUUGCUGUUCAUCUGUAGCAGUUUUGUGGCUUGUGGCCUACUAUUUAUAACUAUAUAUUUUUCCGAGUUACAGUGUUAUAGCCCCGUGGUAAAACCCCAUUCUGUACAUAUCCUGUGCGAUGUGGCAUUGUAUUACUGGAAUAAAUAUACCUGUCUUUGA